GCAGCCGAGAGCGAUCCCCUUCAUGCGGCGUCACUUCCCUUGGGCCCUCGUUGCUGGACUGGCUUCCCAGUGUCCCGCUGCAUUUUCCCAGGAGGCACCGGAAGUGGAAGACCUCGCGCUGCUUACGACUCGUGCGAGAGCUGGGAACAGCCCGAAAAUUCCUGCGAUCGUGCAUUUUAACUACAAGAUCAAUUUGCACAUUGACGAUGACAGCUAUGACUUCGGGGAUGUGUCGACAGACGACAAAGACUUUCUCCAGGUGUUGAAGAAGAAUUGCAAGCACACCGUGGACACCUUCGGUGGUGACGUAGACAAGGUGUACUUCUACGACGACCGAGACUGCGAAGACGAGCUCCGGAAACUGAGCGACUUCGAUGGCGAUAAGUUAGCGGACGGCUUCGGACGCUUCCAAAAUGGUCGUUUUAAGUCCGAUUUGUGUCGCCUGGCGCAGCUGUACACAUAUGGCGGCUACUACUUCGACACCGACAUCCUUCCG